CCUACUUAAUCUUUUUAUUAUGUUCUGCUGAGAUUUUACUUUCACGAAUUUUUUUAAAUGUUUAUCAGUUGUCUCGCCUAAAGCUCGAUAUGGUGUCUGGCAGCCAAAACUUGGAUAAUAUAAAGAAACCAGACACGUGGAAACUAUGGACUCAAAAGAGAUACGUUUUAACCUUUUUAGUAUUUUUAGGUUACUUUAAUAUUUAUUGUUUGAGAACCAACAUGAGUAUCGGCAUAGUGGCGAUGACCCAAGAUAGGGUCAUCACACUAUCAAACGGGACUAACUUAAUUGUUGUGGCGGAAUUUGAUUGGGACAACGUGCUCCAAGGAUACGUAUUAAGUUCAUUUUUUUACGGUUACAUGGUCACUCAACUCCUCGGUGGCAUAUUGGGCAGAAAAUUCGGAGGGAAAUUAAUUUUUGGAGGCGGUAUCGCCAGCACCGCCUUCAUAACCGUCAUCAGUCCCUGGUUGGCUGAAUGGAGCGUGUACGCGUUGAUUGUCUCAAGGAUUCUUAUGGGAUUAUUUGAAGGGGUAACUUUUUCGAGUUUGUUCACCCUAUGGAUCAAAUGGCUUCCCCCAAACGAACGAGCGAGAUGUAUGGCCCAAGUCAAUUCUGGUAGUUAUACGGGGGCCAUUUUUGCCAUGAUGGUUUUGGCUUAUCUAGCCGAUGCUGCCGGGUGGAGAAGUAUUUUUUGGUUAUCCGGUGGAUUGGGACUGGUAUGGUUCGUCGCCUGGUUAUAUUUGGUAUCAGAAUCCCCUGAUACAGACCCAACCAUAACACCCGAAGAACUAAAUUAUAUCAAAUCAAAUAGAAAAGAGUCGACCAAACGCCAGAACUUUCGUGAUAUACGUUGGACGAACAUUAUCACUAGUAAAGCAGCCUGGUCCUUACACGUGCUUUUCUUUUGCGAAUCCUGGGGCUUUUAUACAUUAUUGACCCAACUUCCGAAGUAUUUUAAAGAUAUUUUUGCUUUCGAUAUAUCAAAGUCGGGAGUUCUCUCUGCCAUCCCUUAUGUGGCGCUGGCCCUUAUGAUGCAACUAAGUGGCGUCUUAUUGGACAAAAUAACGAGGUGGUUGUCUACCACGAAUGCAAGAAAACUGUUUGUUCUAAUCGGGUUUUUGGCACAAACCGGUUUCAUGUUAGGCGCUGCAUUUGGAAAUGCGGUCGCUUUAACGGUUUUCUGUUUGACCAUGGCAGUCGGGUUGGGUUCCAUGUCAAUUGCUGUUAUGACGGUAAAUUCUUUGGAUAUUGCCCCUUUACAUUCGGGAAUCUUGUUUGGGAUAGCGAACACCAUUGGCACGUCAACUGGGAUAAUAAGCCCCAUCGCAGCAGGUUAUAUAAUAUCUACCGAGAAUCCGGUAAAAAGACAAUUGAGCAGUGGAGAAUUAUAUUUUAUAUGUCGGCGGGUAUUUACCUAUUUGGGGCGAUGAUUUAUGGGUUAUUCGGAAGCGGAACGCGGCAAGACUGGGACUACGAAUCCGAGAAAAAUGUGAUAAAAUACCAAAAGAGUUCCCCAAAGAUUUUUUUGAGUAAUAAAACUUGAUUUGGAAACCCAAUGCGUUCCUCAAAAAAAAAACAUUUAAUAUGAUUUUAACAUACUUCACUGUUUUAAUAUAUUAAUAUAAAAUAAAUUAAAACGAAAAA